ACAACUGCGAAGAGAGAGUUGAACUUGUCCACUACUAAUAUCCAAAGAAAAAGCCACCGAGUCCAAACCUUUAUCCUCGUUAUCAAACCAUAAAUAAAUACACGUUCUCUUCCAAGCCAUUCAACCAUUUUUUCCUCCCUCCAGCUUCAAAAUGAUCAACGAUAACCAUGAUCAAUUGGCUCAUCCCAUCUCCGAUGACCCCAAAACCCCACUUCUCCCUCUCCAUAGUGAUCCACCGCAACGGAAACUCAGUUUCCGCUCCUCUCUUUUCUCCAUUCUCACACUCAAAAACCUCUACAUCCUCUUAGGGCCGCUUUUGAGCACAGUUGUAUGUCUUUUUGUUAAGUUUGAUGGACCCGUGACUAGCAAAAACAUGUUGGCCAUUCUUGCUUGGGUCUUUGCUUGGUGGCUCACUGAGGCUGUGCCUAUGCCCGUGACCUCCAUGUCUCCUCUCUUUCUCUUCCCACUUUUUGGGAUUUCUUCUGCUGAUCAUGUUGCGCACUCUUACAUGGAUGAUGUGAUUGCUCUUGUGUUAGGAAGCUUCAUACUUGUCCUUGCUGUUGAACAUUAUAACAUACACAGAAGACUGGCUUUCAAUAUUACCAUUGUAUUUUGUGGUGAUCCACUAAAUCCACCACUCCUCCUUCUCGGAAUCUGUGCAACCACAGCUUUCGUCAGCAUGUGGAUGCACAACGUGGCAGCUGCGGUGCUGAUGAUGCCCGUGGCCACUGGGAUCAUUCAGAAUUUACCAAAGGGGCCCACUCAAUCAGACGUUGAAAACAAGUUCUGUAGGGCUGUGAUUCUGGGUGUGAUUUACUCUACUGCUAUUGGUGGGAUGAGCACACUUACUGGGACAGGUGUCAAUCUCAUAUUGGUGGGGAUGUGGAAGAAGUAUUUUCCUAAUGAAGAGCCUAUCAGCUUCAACAAAUGGUUCUUUUUUGGGUUCCCUUUUGCUUUCUUGCUUUUGAUUGCCUUGUGGGGUAUCCUUUGUUUGUUGUAUUGCUCAAAGGGUUCAGGCAGGGCUCUCUCUGCCUAUUUGGACAAAUCCCAUUUGAAGAAGGAGCUUGAACUUUUGGGUCCAAUGGCUUUUGCUGAGAAGAUGGUGCUGGCUGUGUUUUCGAUACUAAUAGUUUUGUGGAUGACAAAGAGCAUAACAGAUGACAUUCCCGGCUGGGGAGUUCUUUUCAAUGGCCGCGUUGGUGAUGGAACAGUUAGUGUGAUGAUGGCAACCUUAUUAUUCAUAAUUCCAAACAAGAAAGAAAAGGGAGAGAAGCUGAUGGAUUGGAACAAAUGCAAGAAGCUACCCUGGAGCCUUAUUUUGCUUCUAGGAGCUGGCUUUGCCAUAGCUGAGGGAGUGGAGUCCAGCGGCCUUGCCAACGUCUUGUCUGAAACCUUAGAUUUCUUGGAGAGGGCUCCUUAUUUAGCCAUUGCCCCUGCUGUCUGUCUGAUAAGCAGUAUCAUCACCGAAUUCAUCACAUCAAACAAUGCAACUACCACACUAGUAGUUCCUCUUCUCAUCCAAAUAGCAAAAAGUAUGCAUUUACACCCUCUCCUUCUUAUGGUUCCCGGAGCAAUUGGUGCACAAUUUGCUUUCUUGCUUCCAACGGCAACUCCUUCAAAUGUUGUCGGGUUUACAACUGGACACAUUGAAAUGAAAGACAUGAUCAAGAUUGGAUUGCCACUCAAGAUUGCAGGAAUUGCUGCAUUGACCCUUUUGAUGCCUACACUUGGAGCUUAUGUUUUUGAGACAAAUAAAGAUGUUUAACAACUGGCAAACUCCCAAUCCAAUUUCUGGCAAAUUCUCAAGCAAAAGAAUAAAGCAUCAUGUGAAAGAUCAGUAGCAAUCCAUAGACAACAAUGCGUUAUUAUUCCUUGGCAAACAAAAGGCUCACUGUAUACAGAAGGAAAGAACAUGACUAGAGAAAAAGAAAUAAAAGGGUGCAGUUCUCAUUCUUUUCCCCCGUAUAUAUUUUUCACCGGUUGGUUGUGCUCGUGCAUUUCAUUUUAUAUUUUUAUGUAGCAAUAGUCUGUAUAUCUAAUGAUUGCUUGCUCCUCAAGUUAGAGCAAUGUUUGAAAAUUUUUCACUACUAUGAAAUGUAUCAAUGAAAUAUGUAAAUUGGAUGUCUGUGAUUCAUUCAAGCUUUGUAUAUAAAUGCCAAGAGUCUUGUAGCCCCA